GUUCCCUUCGCUUACAUCUCUUGGCGGCAGUGGGCUCUACCGCCUCCCGUAUUGGGACUCUGACAUCAAUACUCUGAAUGACUGACUAAAGUUCGUGGUCAACUUCCAACUCAACUCCUUUCCUUCCUUCUUUCUUCACAGUCUUUUCCUUUUGUGUGGUAAAGAUAGAAAGACAGAGAUGCUGGUCGAACCUCCUAAAUGUUCUUCAAGCCGUUGGAUCUAAGUACAGCACUCCGUCCCUCGCUGUUGCCCGAUGAGACCCUCCUCUUCGUCCAGGAUGCGGUUGGGUUGUACGAAGGUAGCAAAUACAAGAUCCCAAAUUUUCAAGAUGGCCAUGCAUACCUCACAUCCCAUCGAGUCUGUUAUGUCGCGGUGGAGGAACCCCGCAAACACUCGGUUGCGAUUGACUUGAGAGAUAUUGAUAGAGCAGAGUACCAAGCAGGCUUCCUGAAAUCCGCACCGAAGAUCACAUUACACCCCAAGCCACCGAAGAACGGUUCCAGUUCCAAAGGCAUGGGUCCAUCGAGGUCCCAGCCUACUCUCGUACAAAGCUCCCUACCAUGCUUGAAACCAUCGGCGCCGACACCGGUGAGCGCCACGUGGAUCUGUCCUAUAUGCACAUUUUCCAACCCUAUACCAUCGAAUUUCGACCCCUCCACAGCGAGGGCGACAAACAUCCCACCUUGCCUGGCUUGCGGCAUUAAGCCUCCUUUUACUACUGUGUUAAAGGCGGCGAUUACUGCGGCUGCGGCUGCGGCGGCGCCCCAUGAGGGGGGCUCAAUAAACUCCACCGAGCCUACGGAGGAUGUACCCCCAAGCAAUGGCGCUAGGGAUACGGGACUACCCCUAGUGUCAUGCUCCAGGUGCACCUUUGUAAAUCACCCUUUCCUCCUUGAGUGUGAAAUAUGCGGUGCCUCAUUGUCAAGUGCCUUGGAGGCUCUCAAUAGCCGCCAGCAUCGCUCGGAAUCUCCAGCACCAUUUUUCCAACAAGGCAGUAUCAAAAAUACUAAGAUCUCGGAUUAUAUCAAAUUAUCGUUCCGGGGAGGAGGCGAGAAGAUCUUCUACGAGCGGCUCAAGGGGGCACUAGUCCAGAGGAAAUGGUUGCUGUAUAAUGCCCCACCUGUACCACAGCAGCCUUCGCCCAAUGCAUCCUUCCCUAACCUGACAUCGCGUACCAAUGGGCCCAUGUCUACUCCGGUUCGAUCGCCAGCUCCGGGAAUUGCAGGCCUAGAGCAGCGGGGACUCGAGGCUCGCCGAAACAACGAGGUUGUUAUCGGGAACGCGUUUGAAGACCUGGAGGCUCUUAUGGCAUCGGCUAAACAGAUUGUUACGCUUGCUGAAACCCUGGCGAGAGAGUCAGGCAUGGGUGACGAGACGUCACUGGAAACGAGCGCGGUUCUCUCGGAGUCGGCGGCCGCACUGGGGAUGGUAACGACAAAGGAUAUGCUUAGCUCUGGCUCUGAGAACUUAUAUCUAUCCGAGCUCUCUCGAAACCUAGCGGAAUAUCUCACCGAUGAAAGAAAAGGGAUCCUGCAAAACGAAGGCGGGAUCAUCAGCCUGAUCGAUCUCUGGGCCCUCUUUAAUCGGUCCCGAAAUGGGGUGGAACUGGUCAGCCCGUCCGAUUUCCAAAGAGCUGCAGAGCUAUGGGAGACUUUGAGGUUACCCGUCCGUCUGCGCCGGUUUAAGAGCGGCCUACUUGUUGUCCAACGAUAUGACUGGAGCGACGAGAAAACCAUCCAACAGCUGCAGGAUUGGCUAUUGGAGCUCCAACAAAGUCCGCCGGCUGGGUCUGGAGCUGUUCACUGGGAUUGGCACGUGUUUGGACGUGCGAUCACAGCGCAAGAAGCCGCACAACGGUUUAAAUGGAGCGUCGGGGUUGCCGCGGAAGAGCUAGAAAUGGCCGAAGAUCGAGGGAUUCUUUGUCGAGAGGAGGGCAUCGAAGGCUUGAGGUUUUGGGGCAACUACAUCACAUCCGACGAAAUGAACCUGGGUGUCUCGAGGCUAGUUAUUUAACAUCUCCUUACGUAGAAUUCGAAAUAAUAGGGAAUAGACUUCAUUCCUAGGCGGAAUUAAUUCCGACUUGUCGAUCUGAGAUAAAACAUGAUACUAUUCUUAUUGGGCCA